AUGUCGCAGCCCGGAGACAAGUUUGACAAGAACACCACGGCCCAGCAGGUGGUCGACACCUUUCCGGACGCGGUCAAGGGCCGUAUGAUCGUGGUCACUGGUGUCAGCCCCGGUGGCCUCGGAUUCGAGACUGCUCGCGCUCUGGCCACCAAGGAGCCCAAACUCCUUGUCCUCGCGACCCGUGACCCUGUCAAGCUCCAAAAGGCCCGCGACGACAUUCUCAAGGAGUCGCCUCACGCCAAACUCGCUUCCGUUGUCGUCGACUUUGACUCGGUCGCCUCCGUUCGCAAGGCCGCUCCCGAGAUUCUCGCCCUCGGAAACCCCGAUAUCCUCAUCAACAACGCUGCUGUCAUGAUGUGCCCCUACGGUACCACCUCGGACGGAUUUGAGAAGCAGUUUGGCGUCAACUACCUCGGCCCAUGGCUUCUCACCAACUUGCUCCUUCCCGCCAUACUCAAGACCCCCCACCCGCGCAUUGUCAAUGUCUCCUCAGCCGGACACAGGUACAGCGACAUCCGCUUCGACGACCCGGGAUUCUCUGAGGGCAAGGCGUACCACAAGAGGGAAUCAUACGGCCAGUCCAAGACCGCCAACAUGCUCCACGCUCUCGAGCUCUCUGAGCGUUAUGGCAAGGACGGCCUGGUAGCCAUUUCGCUUCACCCUGGAGCCAUCAUGACCAACCUCAGCCGUCACGCCACGGAGGAAGACCUUGCGCUGUACAAGGCCUUCCUCAACCCCGACCUCACCCCCAACAUGUCCACUGGCCUGUGGAAGUCCAUCCCAGAAGGUGCCGCUACCACCCUCACUGCCGCCCUCGACCCACGCAUGGACGAUAUUAACGGCGGUUACCUCGCCGACUCCCAGCUCGCCAAGCCGGAUGACGGCAAGUUGGACUUUAUGGAUCUCACCAAGAUUUCGGACUAUGGAAAGGAUAAGAAGGGUGCCAAGAAGCUCUGGGCUCUGACCAACUCAUUGCUGAAGACCGACUUCUAA